CUAAAUGUGUUAAAUGUUGGAUUUGUUAUUCCUGCGUCUCCGUCCAGUUCAGGGCUGUUUUGAGGCCUUUUUAAGGUAAUAACAGGAGAGAUGUGUGUCGCUGCUGGAUUAUUGUUAAGGCUGGUUUUUAUUAUCCAAACACACAGGCGACGUGGACCUGAGCUGUGAAAAAUCAGUUAUUUUAACAAGGAUUAAGGUGAACACUCUGUCAGCGUCUUUUAAAUCUUUCUCUUUUGUUUCUCUAAUUUCCCAGGAUAAGAAAGGCGUAUCCGGGAAACCGAUUCCUGCAGAGAGGAGGACGAUAUAUCAGCGACACAUCCGACCGUCCACCAUGCUCGCCAAAAGCAUCCUGGAAGGAUAUCGCCCGGUGCAGUCGGAUCCAUUCCUGGCAGCCAACCCGUCUCUUCCCCCGCCGCUGAGCGACCGCAUGAGGAAGAGACGGGCUUUUGCAGACAAGGAGCUGGAAAGCAUCAUGCUGGAGCGGGAGUACAAAGAACGAGAGCUGCUGGAGAACAACCAGGGGGCUCCAGGCUCGCUCCUCUUCCCCAACGGCUUGGUCCACCACUCGUCUGAGUACAACUCCUACAAGACGGCCUACUUGCCGGCAGCGCCGGUCGAGCCGCAGCCCAAAGAGCUGUGUGGCUUCCUCACCCCUAACUGCCUGGAUCUGGGCGUGCAGUACCCCUCGACGCCUGGGAACGUCGAGCUCAUCUCCUCCAAC